GCUACCAGAUCGCACUGGCAGAUCGUUACAUAGAUUCCUGGAAACUGGUUUUCAAACUGCUCAUUGAGGAGAACAGGCGCAAGGAGGCGUUAAUUAUAAGUGAACAAUGUCGUGCAAAAGCACUAAAAUUCCAACUUUUGUCCAAACAUUUGGCGCAAAAUUACAAAGACAAUCAGAACGAUGGGACUGAAUACGCAGAAAUCGAGUCAUUUAUACGAGAUCAGAAAUGUACUAUUUUAUAUUUUGUUUGGUGUUUUGAUGAUUUAUAUCGUUUUUUACUCAAACCUACCGUGAGUGAAAAUGGUGAACAUUUUGUUCAACUAAAAAUGUACUUUGACAGAAACUGCAGACAGAGCCUUGAACUUGACUUAGAAAUACUUUUUGGAGAAAUGAACGGAUUCUUAAAUCAAGACAUAAUCAAAAAAUUCGGGAGAAAUAAAAUUGUAGGACCAUCAUCAGAAAAUGAAGAAUGUACCUGUAAUACUGGAAAUCACUUUAAUUGCGAACAAAGUUUCACAAGCAGCAUUCAAAGACUCUCGGAAAUGCUCUUUGAAUCAGUUAUCGAUGAUAUAAACGACACAGACAASAUAGUCAUCAUUCCKGAAGGUUUAUUGUAUUUAAUACCUUUUGCAGCUCUGAUAAACCCAACGACGAAGCGCCAUCUUUCUCAGGAUAAACAGCUGUUAUUCUCUCCKUCGAUAGMCUCUCUGUUGAUUCACCAGACCUUGCCUGAUGAUUACUAUGCUCGCUCGGGAUCCCUUAUCAUAGGAAAUCCACUUGUCGACCAGAUUGAGGGCUUGGAAUCCUUGGCAGGAUCCCAAAAGGAAGCAGAAACAAUUGCCCGUAUCAUUAACGGUGUUAUGCCAUUAAUUGGUCCAAGAGCAACUAAAUCAGCUGUCCUGGAAAGGCUUUUUGAAGUCUGUAUUGCUCAUUUUGCAUGCCACAUCAAACUCGACCCAUCCGCCAUCGUCCUUUCUCCUGAAGGAUCGCCUCAACAUGUUGAUGAUGAAUCCUAUCUUCUCAAGCCGGAGGAUAUCAUGGAAAAAGACAUACAUGCUCGCUUAGUGGUGUUAAGUGGAUGUAACAGUGGACUUGGCAAGAUCUGUGCCGAAGGAGUGGUCGGCAUUGCACGUGCCUUCCUAGCUGCAGGAGCUUCAGCGGUGUUGGUUUCUCGGUGGAGCGUUGGUGACUACAGCACSUGCGAGUUCAUGACGAUCUUCUACACCUACUUUUUGGACUGGGAUGUAAGAAGAAGCGCUAGUGAGAGCCUGCAUCUCACAAUCAAUGACAUGAGAGCAAAGUAYCCACACGAACCAAUGAAAUGGAGCGGUUUUUACCUCAUGGGUGACGAUGUCACAAUUGACCGUGAAAGCCUCUCUGUGCUUCGAACAAAAAGAGAACCACCAGCCUCUCGUAGUCGUGAGCCAUGUGAGUGCGACGAAUAGCUAUUUCUGGGACUGGGAUGUGUCGAAGUGCGCCAGCGGGAGCCUGAAUCUCACAAUAAAUCACAUGUGAAGAAAGUAUCCAAAGCAACCAAUGAACCAAUGGAGUGGCUUUCAUCUCAUGGGUWAUGACGUCACUAUUAACAGUCAGAGACUCGUUGUACUUCGAACUCAAGAAUAUCUAGUACACGUGAGCUAUGUGAAUCCGACGCCUAAUCCACACGUUCUUUGCGUUCACUGUCUUGGUGUUUUUCUUACUCCCUGCGGUGUCAUUGUAAUGUCCAAUACUCGAAAUACAGUUGAUUUUAGGGACUUCACAAAUAAUAAAUAAACAA